GAGUUGUUAUUUCUUGAGUCAGUCCUUAAAUGGAGAACUUCUCUCCCGAAUGGCAAUGAUGCUUUUUGGCACUUUGCUGCGUGCAGGCUUCUUUUGUGUGUUAGGUGUUUAAAUUGAAGACAGCUUUAUUAUUGUGGCUGUGGGAUGAGACAUUGAUGUCAUUGCUACCAUUAUUAUCUGAUGGAAUAAUUGAUAACUUGUUUUUAGAGAGAAAUGGGUCUGUGUUGUUGCUCGAUCCCCUCUGGCACCCUUACCACUAACCUGCAAGGAGAAUCCCUGGGUGAACUCGCUUGUGGUAAUUUGCUCCGUAGUCAGCAGCUACUUCAAGUGUGUUUGUGACCACCUGCAGCUGCUGUCAGCUGUGUAAACUGAAUUUUAAUUGACUUAUAAGUGUAGCUAAUUAUGGGGGCUGUUUUAGCACAGUGAAUUUUGCUGUGACUUAAACAUGAGGUUGGGUCUGUUUGUCACUUUUGUUUCACACUAGUAAAACAUAUGGAAAUAGAAGCUGUGUCGUAGCCUUAAAUUGGUGUUGUGUUCAGUCCCUGCCUCUUUUAAUAUACAGAUAGCCUAAUUUGUUCUCUGUGGCCUGCAGUACUCCAGAGAAGCGGCUAUUGUGGAAGAGACAAUUGGGUUGUUUCUUUAUGUGCAGAAAUAAGGUCGUUUUAUCUUCUGAAUUUUAAGAGCCUGAAGUAGCAGGGUGAUUUGGUGCAGAGAGGGAGGGAAGAUGCAGCGCCAUCCACUUGUAGGAAGGGGAAUGACCUCCUUCUCCUCGUUGAUGGUAGCUUUGGGAAGAGUUGCCUGAGCAGGAGAGGGGAUGGGAGACACAAGAUGGUGAGAGGGGGCCGGAGGGGAACUGAGCGGUGUGGUGGUGUUGGUGCAGUUUGGUUUUCUUUCUGUAAAAACCGAGUGCGCCCCCUUGACGGUUGCGUACGCAGCACUGCAGGUUUUAAUACAGAUCUUUUGUUUUCUGCUUUUGGCCGUGUCAUACUUUAAAUAAGUUUUCCCUGUUUUAUUGCUUUAUUGUAUUAUUUAUAAACCAAAACAAUUAAGUAGACAAGGGCACUGCCUCGAGCAGCCUGCGAAUGGCAGCGUGUGUGAUGCGAACAGGCGAUGAUGUCGUAGGGACCUUAGAGCAUGAGACACUUGGAAGAAGAUGACAUGAAGGAUGUGGUUGCGUGUUUGGGAAGCUGAGGACAGGAGGAAGAAAUUAGUUGCUGGAGUGGAUAUAUAGAUGUUGAGCAAAUGGGAGGAGAGGUGAUCGAGUGAAGCGUGUGCGUGCAGGGGAGGGUAAUUCGCUUGUCUCUUGGCACACUCAGAGGUGAGGGACGGAUACGGUGAUGAACGCGCAGUCGGACACAGUAACGGAAGCCUGGCCUUGCGGAUCCAAGAGACCUCUUCCAGCUCACGGUUGCUUUGAUUGAUGUGCUGUAAGGAUAUAGAUUGAUUCAUUAUGCACAAUUGCAGUAACGAGUGAGUUUGUGUUUGGCUGAGCUUUUCUAUUAUAUGUCUAAAUAAAUUGAAGCCCUUUUUCCUUUGGUGGAAAUAAAUAACUUUAGCUGCCCCAGCCCCAUGUAUGAUUUCCAUUUCUAACUCACCAGUAAAACAUAAAUACUGUGGUUAUAUAUUACCUGAUUAUUAACAUUCAGCCAAAAUGCACCAGAGCCAGAGUUCCUUGAAACAAUAUGCGCUUUUGAUAGAUGAGAAUGCGGAGGAGGAGAUGGCAGUCGUGACUCAGUCCUCAAUGAGGUUAGAAACCUUCUUGCCGCAAUGAAAGCGCGUUCUUGCCAAGGGAUCUCAGGAAAUGCACCGACUCUGCCUUCUAGGCAAGCCGGGGUAAUUAACUUAAGUGUGGGAUAUAGCUUUUUGCAGGCAUAUGUGAUGUUCCUUUUGAGCAUAAUAAAUCAUUUUCAUAUUAAAAGCUGGAGGAAGACCCGUAGUCAUAAAAAAAAAGCAACAACCCCUUUUGUAACAAUUCUUGCUGUCCUUGCAUAUGGUCGGCGAUGGAAAAGAGUGGUGGGUGAGCUUAGUACUUAAAGGAUUAAGCUAAUAGCCCUUGCUAUUAUUGCUGCAGGGAACCCCAAUCUAUAUGCAAGCCUCUCUUACACUGGGGAGUAAAUCACAUUAGCUGUUUUAUGUGCCAUUAUUGUAUAAGUGGAUUCUCGUUUGAGAUACUGCAGUGGCUUUAUGGCUCCCUGAGCAGGGAGGUGGGCUUUUCCCCUUGCCCAGCUUUAAUAUUCCCCUGUUCUUCUCAUCCCAGAGAGGGACAAAAAGGGAUAUUUGGCAGGCGCUGGCUGGGGCGCUUUCCCAGCAGGAUGCCCUUCAUUAGGCUUGGAGGGGCUGCUGCAGAUGAAGCCCCCAGUCUGUGUAUCUCCUUGUGUAGUCCCAGCAUUGAAAGAAAUUGUCAUUACUUAACAGCAGGUGUGCCCAGAAAAUGUGGUUACGCUUGGUUGUUUUUUUUUUGUUGGUCCUUUUCUCUGAAUUUUGGAGCCCAGCUUUCCUUUGAAGCACCAUGUGAGUAUAUUCAACUUGUAUCAAAACAUUGUUAGGUGCUGGAUGCAAAAUAAGGGUGACUUUGCUGGUUUUAGAGGUUUUUUCUUUUAAAGCGCUGUUUGCUGCCCUUCCCUGGGUGUUAGGGGCCAUAGGUGCACCUGCAGGGUGACAUGGCACGGGUGCUGCAAUGGCCGAGGCUGCGGUGUCCUGCAAGGCUGACGAGGACGUUGCUGUUGGACAAGGAAUGAGGCGCUUUGCCCUGAGCAGUGCUUUCUCAUAUUCUGGAGCUGAAUACAAUGGCUGGGGAAAGCUGCUGAUUUAACAAGACCGCUUCGGAGAAAACAACGUGCUGCAGGAACAGGAGAGAGGGGUUAGAGAGUAUUGCAGUGGUCAAAAGGAUUUUUUGAGUGAGUUUUCCAAAAAGAACUGUUCAGACAGAUGCUUUCCAGGCUUCAGGAGCUGCAGAGGAGAAGCUUCACUGUUAAUGAGAUUUUUUUUUGGAUUGAAUGUAAAAGGCCGUAGGUCUCUGACACCAGCAGGUCCCCAAGGGGUGUUGAGAAAAGGAAGGUCGAUGUGAAUGCGUAGUUAAACAACCCUGUUUUGUCUUGAAGAGGUGGUGGAUUUACUUGCACUUACCUGAUGAGGCAGACAUCUGGAUAUUACAGGUGUGUGGGCACGUAGGAGGAUAUUCUUCCUGCCCCGCGUGUCUGCCGACCGUGCUCCAGCUCUAAUUGGGAUGCUCUCCAGUUGUACCAGGUUGUUCCUGCACUGAUAAGCCUUGCCGAGAGACAAGCAUGGCCGCAUGCUGGUGCUGCUUGUGAACUCCGAGUGUGCUUCCGCCUGUGAAAAACGUGGGCACGUUGUAGGGAGCUCAAGGGCAGCACCCAUGGGUGCUGCCUCAGAUACAGCUCCAGCAAACACAAGUCAGCAUGAGCUUAUCUUCCACUGGAGUAGAUGGUUUUUUGUGCCAGGAUGUGCACCAGAAUUUGGGUGUCUGCAAGGUAAUCAUCAGUGCUGAAUUAAAUAUGCCAUUCUUCUUAAAGUAAUGGCAGUUUUGUGGGUUCUUGACUCACUUUACAUCUUGAUUCACUUUAUAUGUGACACGCUGUGUCUUGCCACUGGUGUACUGGAGCGAUACCAGCUUAUAUCUCUGCCUGUUACCAUUUCAGCUUGUGUCAUCAUCACCCAGCAUGGACUGGGUGAGGCGUGCCUGCUAUUCUGGGGAGGAAAAUGCUGUCCUCGCAGUUUCUGUAAAUGGUUUAGCCUCUCACAUGUUGGCAUUGCUUCCUGCUCACGAGCACGCCACUUCUCAGUUUGUACGCGAGCCUUGGGGUAGUGACGGAAUUGCGGUUGAUGUAUUGGGUGGUGGGUCUCAUAACAUGCGUGCAUCCCUUGGACGCAGCAGAACUUCCCCUGCAGGUGCUCGCCUCGGCAUUUAGCUUGUCUGACAGUGUCUGAUGUGUGUGAGGUAUGGGGAGAAAACCCAAAAAAUCAACAAUUGUAAAAGAUAAUCCGAAGGAUAAUCCAUGGUGUGGAGAGCAAGCAGAGAGCGUUUCCUUGUGUGCCAGCUGUUAGGCAAUGCUUAUGCCCAAAGUCUCAUGUUUGUUUCUGCUGAAAGAACCAGAAAAGCUUCUGGCUUCUUCUCAAACAGACACUUUGAGAAGAAAUUAGUAUUUUCUUUACCUCUAUCUCCCAAACUGGUGUUGCUAACAGGCUUAAUGCAGAUGCUGCAUACCCCGACAUACUCAUCACGAGUCUUCUGCAGCUCAUUUGAAAAAAUACUGUGGCUGCGUGCUGAGCUGGACAUCUGCCGCUUCCUUGUGCAGCGAGACGUCUCUGCUGAGAAAAGACCACAGGGAAAUCAUUAAAAUCUUGAGGCACUCUGGCUGUCCGUGUCAUGGCUGUAAUGGAUAUUGAGAGGGGGAUUUAAGGAAGAAAAUAAGAUCAUGCAGGAUUAAUGAGGGAGAGCAUCCUAUGGAGGACUAGUGAGCAAAGUUAUUUUGGACUCUUCAGUCAUCGGUAUUGGAAAACUUACUGGGGGUUUGUUUCCUGGCAGUUUUGUUGUUGGCGACUUUGGACCAGGUCAUGUUUUCUAGCUCCUGACCUUAACUGUGGGUCUCGUUUCGCUAUUGCCUUUCCUACCAGCCAAAUUUCAGUGCUCGCUCCUGCCUCGGGCCCUCUUGAUUGCCUGGCCUUGGGACCUCUUCGGGAUGCGGCCUGUCUGCUCUUGCACCGACUUCUCACUUGGCACAUCCAAAUUUCUAGGGAAAUGUGCUUUCCUCUGUAUUUUGGUGGUGAGAAUUCACAGCAAUCCAGUCUUCGGUAGGGGUGCAUGCCAGAGAGGCGGAUCCUAGGAUGUGUUUUGUAGUACAGUAGCUGAAAGCAUCAGCAAAUCCUGCAGCUCCUAAUAUUGUCUGAUUGCUAUUGCUACGCAAUUGGCUGGGCUGAGCAGUAUAUUUUUUUCAUUUCUGUGAAGAACAGCAAUAACACUGAUGUUCAUAGAAACCACACCACCGAGCCACUGAAUUUGGCCCACGUUGCUUAGUUUUUCAUGGACGUUUCAGAUUAAUGCAACUUUUAAAACCAUGGCAAAUCUUGAAAUGACACUUUUACUUCCUUUUCCAACUUUUAGUACUGUUUUUUUGCAGAUACGAAUUUAAAUGCCCAGUUUUGCCUAUUAAAGACCUACCUGAACCCUUCGGUCUCCUUUCCACUCAAGUUGUAAAUUAUUUGUGCCAAAAUGAGUCUGCAGGAGUGAGUCAGCAUCUUCCUUCAGCCCUUCAAUAUCUGCUUGUAGGGAAGCCAUGCUACUGAAGAUUACCUUGUCUUCUGGAAGUAGAAACAUAGUGAACAGAUGAAUCUAUUCAGCCAGACAUUCCUCCAGUAGAUCUCUGUCCUCAUGGAGCACCACAGCAGGGAGGAGAUGGACUCAAAAGAGGAAAGUCCUCAGGUGUGGGCUGACUCUGCUGAGCAGGAGCAGAAUACUGCUCAGGUGCACUUUGUCCCUGAGGGCGGGACAGUGGCACAGAUUGUGUACAGUGAUGAGCAGGACCGUCCCUCGCAGCAGGUGGUCUACGCGGCGGAUGGCACCUCCUACACCUCCGUGGACACCUCGGAGCACACGCUCGUUUACAUCCAUCCCGUGGAAGCUACGCAGACUCUGUUUACAGAUCCAUCCCAAGUGGCUUACGUCCAGCAGGAUGCCACCACCCAGCAGGUAACUGUGCUCUUGCCUGCUGCUGCUCAGAGCAUGAAUCCCACCAACCUGUCCGUGCUCGGCAACGUUGCCGAAUCCCCCCAGCAAAUGGCUCUGGAGCAGGGUCCACAAGCAGAUAGAGCAUCGUUACCGGUGCAUAACCAGGUGUUACCUCCUAUGGAGGCAGUGGAUGGUUCUGACCCUUUAGCACCUCUGCAGAAUCAAAUGGAAAGGAUGGAAACAAAAGAGGAAGAUGAUGAGGAUGAAGAUGAGGAUGAAGAUGGGGAUGACACUGACAUGGAUGAAUGGGAUCCAGAUCCACCUCGACCCUUUGAUCCCAAUGAUUUGUGGUGUGAAGAGUGCAAUAACGCACACCCCUCUGUGUGCCCAAAACAUGGACCUUUGCAUCCAAUCCCAAACCGGCCUGUGCUGACCAGGGCGAGAGCCAGCCUCCCCUUGGUGCUCUAUAUAGACAGGUUUUUGGGAGGUGUGUUCUCCAAAAGGCGUAUCCCGAAACGCACGCAGUUCGGACCUGUAGAAGGACCCCUGGUGAGACAAACCGAGCUCAAGGACUGCUAUAUUCAUUUGAAGGUGUCUCUUGAUAAGGGUGACCGAAAAGACAGAGAUUUGCAAGAGGACCUGUGGUUUGAACUUUCUAGCGAGGCGCUCUGUAACUGGAUGAUGUUUGUGCGCCCAGCUCAAAACCAUUUGGAGCAGAACCUGGUAGCGUAUCAGUAUGGCCACCAUAUUUACUACACAACCAUUAAAAACGUGGAGCCCAAGCAGGAACUCAAGGUGUGGUACGCUGCCUCUUACGCGGAGUUUGUGAACCAGAAGAUCCAUGACAUAUCUGAGGAGGAAAGGAAGGUUCUCAGAGAGCAAGAGAAGAACUGGCCGUGUUACGAGUGCAAUCGUCGUUUCAUGAGCUCAGAGCAACUCCAGCAGCACCUCAACUCCCACGAUGAGAAGCUGGACUUCUUCAGCAGAGCUCGAGGCCGAGGUCGUGGGCGAGGGAAGAGGCGGUUUGGACCAGGCAGACGCCCAGGGCGCCCUCCCAAAUUCAUGCGUAUGGAAGUAACGAGUGAAAAUGGGGAAAAGUGUGAAGAAGGGACGCAGGACUUGCUGCAUUUUUCCAGCAAGGGGCAGUUUGAUGAGGCCGGACAAGCCACCCUGAAUGGGCUGGAGCAGCAGGAACAGACUCCAGUGCCAUCAGAGACGCAGUCGGCACUGGAGCAGCAGUCAGAAAGCCACCCGCUACAAAUCCAGCCGCAGCAUGAUGAGAGCACGGUGCCUACGCAGAGCACCAUGACAGCAGAUGACAUGAGGCGAGCAAAGCGUAUCAGGAAUGCAGCUCUUCAGCACCUGUUCAUACGGAAAUCCUUUCGGCCAUUCAAAUGCCUCCAGUGUGGGAAGGCCUUCCGUGAAAAGGACAAACUGGAUCAGCAUUUGCGGUUUCACGGGCGGGAAGGGAACUGCCCUUUGACUUGUGACAUCUGCAACAAGGGCUUCAUCAACAGCAGUGCCCUCGAGAGCCACAUGAAGUUCCACAUGGACCAGAAAACGUACUCUUGCAUUUUCUGUCCCGAGUCCUUUGACCGCUUGGAUCUGCUUAAAGAUCAUGUGGCCAUCCAUGUCAAUGAUGGCUAUUUCACCUGCCCUACCUGCAAAAAACGCUUCCCGGAUUUUAUCCAGGUCAAGAAACACGUGCGCAGUUUCCAUUCAGAGAAGAUUUACCAGUGUACAGAAUGUGACAAGGCUUUCUGCCGUCCUGACAAGCUGCGACUCCAUAUGCUGCGACACUCGGACCGCAAAGACUUCCUGUGCUCCACGUGUGGCAAGCAGUUCAAGAGGAAAGACAAGCUGCGAGAGCACAUGCAGAGGAUGCACAACCCGGAGAGGGAGGCCAAGAAAGCUGAUCGAAUCAGCCGCUCAAAAACAUUCAAGCCUCGGAUAGCAUCCACUGACUACGAAAGCUUCAUGUUCAAGUGCCGACUCUGUAUGAUGGGUUUCCGCCGGAGGGGGAUGUUGGUGAAUCAUUUAUCAAAGAGACAUCCAGACAUGAAAAUAGAGGAAGUGCCAGAGCUCACGUUGCCCAUCAUCAAACCCAACAGAGAUUACUUCUGCCAGUACUGUGAUAAGGUGUACAAGAGUGCCAGCAAACGCAAAGCACACAUCCUGAAGAACCAUCCUGGUGCUGAGCUGCCUCCAAGCAUCCGGAAACUGCGCCCUGCGGGCCCAGGAGAGCCGGAUCCCAUGCUGAGCACCCACACGCAGCUGACAGGCACCAUAGCCACCCCUCCGGUCUGCUGUCCCCACUGUUCCAAGCAGUACAGCAGUAAGACAAAGAUGGUACAACACAUUCGCAAGAAGCACCCGGAGUUUGCUCAGCUCCCGAACACAAUACAUGCCCCGCUGGCGACAGCUGUCAUCAGUUCCACUCCUGCCGUUCUAACCACCGACAGCACUACCGGAGAGACUGUUGUGACAACAGAUUUACUGACACAAGCGAUGACCGAGAUAUCCCAGACCCUCACAACGGACUACCGAACUCCCCAGGGAGAUUACCAGCGAAUCCAGUACAUCCCUGUGUCUCAGUCCACAACUGGCUUGCAGCAGCCUCAGCACAUACAGCUGCAGGUUGUUCAAGUGGCCCAGGCUACCUCACCUCACCAGUCCCAGCACUCCACAGUGGACGUUGGGCAGCUUCAUGACCCCCAGACGUACACCCAGCAUGCUAUCCAGGUGCAGCACAUCCAGGUCACAGAGCCAUCGCCAGCAACUCAGUCCUCAUCGCAGGUUGGGGGUCAGCCUUUGAGUCCUUCCUCACAACAGUCUCAGCAGGAACUCAGCCCCUCACAGAUGCAGACAGCUACAUCUACACCAAACCAAGCCCUCCAGCAGCAGCAAGGAUCUUCGGUUCAGCACACGUACCUUCCCAGCACAUGGAACUCAUUUCGGAGCUAUUCAUCUGAGAUUCAGAUGAUGACCAUUCCCCAAGGCCAGUACGUGAUCACAGAGACCGCUGUGGGUACGCCGGUCACCACUGUCAACACAGGGCAAGUGAAGGCAGUUACACAGACUCACUAUGUGAUAUCUGAAGGGCAGCCUGACCUGGAUGUCAAACAAAACUCUUCGCUCUCCGGUGAGGUGCAGGUCGGUGUUUCCCAGCCGCCAGCCCACACGGAUACGUUGGAACCGCAAGCGAGCAGUCAGCAGCAAACCACCCAGUACAUAAUCACCACAACCACCAACGGGAACGGCGGCAGUGAAGUGCACAUCGCUAAACCAAGAACUUUCUCAGCGGAACAUGAGUGAAGAAGCCUUGGGGUGUCACUUGCUUGUACUCAUCACCUCCCCUGAAAGCCCAGAUAUAUCUGGGUAUCCUGGAGCUCAAUAUGUUUUAAAGUAUACGCUCACUUACCUUCAACUAAAAUCUUGGAGCUCUUGUUAAUGCUUUAAGAGGGUUUAAGUCCCCAGUGACCGUGAAGAAGUACUCUCAAAAUCCUUCGGGGGUGCCAUUUUAUGCAGCGUUUAACAAAAAGGACAAGAGAAGAAGCGACACCUCUGCUUGCUCUGGACUUUUUUUGGCAUGUCUGCUGACCCUAAUUUUUCUGUUUUGGAAGUGUCUCUGGUAAACAAUUUUUAUUUCGACUGUAUGGGGGAAAAGCUUGCCUAACUAAAGGCUAACUGGCAGAUUUUGUUGUACGUAUACUUUUAAUAGGAGCCGUUAAGCAGGAGGACAUCAUGUAAAUUGCCAGAAUACGGCAGAUCUGCUUCCUGUGUCUUUGUUUCAGCAGCCAAGGUGAAAGGGAAUAAUAUACCAGCUCGAUGUGAGCAGACUGCCUGGAGAAAGAGCAGCAGCAGCGAGGUGGUGGCUCCUUGUGUAUGUGUGCAGGGACGGAUAUAACAAUGAAGCUGUGAAGAUGUGCCGAAGCAGUCCAUUAAAUUAUUUUUCCAACCCUCGAA